CCGGUAGGUGCUACGUACAGCCAGUUGCGAUAACGUUAACCCUCCUCAGCUAACUUCAGCUCGGUCCGAUCUUCCUAUAUAUAGCUGGUGCGUUCAAAUUUCAUAAACAUUUACCAUGAUAACGUGUAAGCAGUUGACCUACAUGCUCCAAAUCAAAGCUGCUGUCCUGAUUGUGACCGGCUGGUCCACCAUGUCCAGUCCUUUGCCGAUCAGUUUCUCUUCAAGAGCCAACGACGGGAUGACAAGACAUUUGAGGAGCGUACUAAGUGAAAGACAGGAAGAGAACACGUUUUUUCAAGACAGGCGAGGCAGGCGUGAUUAUCUGACGAAUCACACUAGUGAUGAGACACCAACUUCUCUGACGACAACAACUAUCUUUGAUCGGUUGCAGCGAACAAUUCCGAACGAGCCGGAGUGUAUUGCUCACCACGAGUAUGCGGUCAUUGUUCCACCUUCGCAGGCUAACGACCCGGGGAUGCUACGCUUCGAGAGUAACAAUGGUGAAAUAAGAUAUUAUUUCUGCCAUAGAUGCUCUAUCUGCAAUGCUGGUGUGCGAAUUCUCAGGCACUGUACUAGCAAGAGAAACACGGUGUGUAGUUAUUCGGAAUGCAUCGACCCAGAGGACUUCUUCGACCCUUACAAAAGGGCUUGCUUCAAAGUUCCACAAAGUAGCGGCACCACAACGCCUCCAAUGACAACUCCACCUCCAGUCAGAUGUGCAAUAAAAAGUGUACCUGAGAUAGAGAUCGGGGAUGAGGUUGACCAUGUUAUCCAGCCACAACUUCAAGGCAGUCAUGUCAACAUAUUCGCUGUUCUGCUUCUUAUAGUGUGCAUUACUCUAUUAACCCUCAUGGCAGUAGCAUCGAUGAUCUUCAGAAGGUUGUCUAAACGAGGAAGAGCGAUACCAAGGUCUUCUUUGGAGAUUUCAUCUCACUCGACUGUUACAGUAAUCGAUAACCCUCAACGUACAUAUGAGUCUUCAAGAUGUCAGCUAGAGGUAGGCCUAGCGCAGGACUUGAUAGUUUCACUGGAUCAUCAGGAGAGUCAGUUGGGGAUACAGCGAGAGCAGGAGACUUUUUAUAACCAGGAAAACAGUCAUGAUGAGAUCGUCAACGGAGCAGUCUCUGUUUUAAAAGGUACAUCACCCUACUGGUUGGUAAUGAUGGGUCAUUUUGGUCCAGAAGGAGGUGUUCUCAGAUGUCAAGAUUCAGACGUUGUGUUGGAGAUCCCUCCUGGAGCUAUUCCAACCAGUCAUCCCCAUCAACUCAUCCAAGCUAAGAUAUCGCUAACCCCGAGUGCGGCAGCUCCGGAACUUGCAAGUAACCCCGAUUUUCUUUGUCUCACACCCGUCGUCGAGUUUGAGUCACCAGGGCUCGAUAAGUUUAGAGAGAAUGUCCUGAUCAGACUUCCUCAUAAAGCUUGCAUGACCUACGACCCCAGUUGGUCCUUCCGCGCCCACUUCACAGAUCCCACCUCUGCAACCAAAAUAAAUCCCACUCCUGCUACUACAUGUAAAGUUCCUUUGAGUGAUCCCUGGUACUUUGUUAAUCUGAAGAACCACAUGAGUAAGUCUGGAAGAAGCAGCCAAAGGAGGUCCGAGUCAAUGAAUAGGGGCGUAUCUUGCACAGUUGAUGAGAGGUACUUCAACAUCUCUACGCCACACUUUUCCAAAUACGCUUGUAGUGGAUGUCACAAGAACCACCCUCUGCAUUUUGAAACUGUCGUCUACGCCAGCCACUUGAAAGUCGGAGAUAAGGAGGAGGUGAAACUGAUCAUUUACAUUAUGGAUCCAAUCAAGCAGCGAGAGGCUAAUCCUCCACGUAGCCGAGUGUCCGAUUACCAUUCAGUUAUCUUGGAGUACAACAAGAAGAGCAAAGACAAUCAUUCUCUGGAGGUGACGCUGAUCGAUGGCAUUGAGAAUGAUGACUGGCAAUGGAAGCUACAGUACGAAAACCACGUCAAGUGCACACAGUUAAUCAAGUAUCAACAUCUUGUUCGGUGUUGUUCUUGCCUCGGUCCGUUCCUACAUACGUUCGAUCUGGAACUAAAACCUGGCACAAUGAAGGAGCCGUUGUCUGUGUUUAAAGCGAUGCUGUCCUUCAGACAACAACACCAGAACGCGGGUCCCCUGGGGGAACCAGUCAAAUUCGUCGUAACCCUGCCAUUGUCAGACCAGUGCUUUCAAAGACAGCUUAGCAGUGCAAGAAACACAGGGAGCAUUGGAAGCACACGCGUCAUUGAAAACCAUAUUGAUGUUGUUCUGAGGAAGCUACUCCCUAAAGAUUGGCGUCGUCUCUUUCGCAAGCUGAUGGGCACAGAUGUGGAAAACGAGAUCCAAUGUAUCGUAGCAAGAAACCCAACUGACGUUAACGAACACAAACAUGAUGCUCUUCUGAGUUGGACACGAAGUCAUGGCCGAGCUGCGACUCUCAAUGUGCUCAUUAGCGCAUUGAGAAGCUGUGAGCUCACUGAGAUUGCCGAGUCUCUGGAAGAAAUUACCAACAGGAACUUGUUAAAAGAGACUGCUAUUUAAAGGCAGUGGAUACUAUUGGUAAUCACUCAAAAUAAUUAUUAGCAUAAAAUCUUUCUUGGUGAC